ACAAAUAUUAACUUUUUAAUAAUACUUUAGUAAAAAUAAAUUAUCAUGGCUGGUUUUCUUGAUGAUGAUCCAGUUGCUGGGUUCUUGCAACAAGAGGAAGAUCAGUUAAGAGAGAUCGGCAUUGAGGAUCAAUUUUCUAUCCCUCCAAGCAAUAGUAACUCUAAAUAUAUGGAUGACUUUUCUAUUGAUUCAGUACAAAAUGAGACCCAAAGUUAUACUCCUGUAUAUUUAUCAUCGGUUCCUAUUGAAGAACCUGCAUCAUUAGUUAAAUGGAGGGAAGAGAAGGCUGCCUCCUUAAGAAAACAAGAAGAGGAAGAAGCAAUAGCUAUCCAAGCCUGGAAAGAGAAAUCCAAAAAGGAUCUAGAAGAUUGGUAUAACCGUUACGCUGAGCAGUUAGCUAAAGUCACUAAUGAAAAUAAAGUUGCAGAGGAGCAUUUUAUUGCUGAGAUGACUGAUACACAACCUGGGAAUGAAUGGGUGAAAACUGCACGUCUAUGUGAUUUUAACCCAAAAUUUAGUAAGAACACAAAAGAUGUUUCUCGUAUGAGAGGUUUACUUCUUCAGUUAAAACAGAGUCCUCUCGCUAGAUAAUUUUUUGUUUAUUCUAUAGUUUCCUGCUGUAAAUUUACUGGCUGGUUUUUUGCAAUUUUUGUUUUAGUUAAUAAUCCCAUAGUUUUUAAUUUAUCUUUUAUGUAAUAAAUUUAUAUAUAUUUAUAUAUAUAUAUAUAUAUAUAUAUAUAUAUAUAUAUAUAUAUAUAUAUAUAUAUAUAUAUAUAUAUAUAUAUAUAUAUAUUUGUGUGCAUAAAUUAUGCAGAUGUAAUUGACAUUAAAUUUAAACUUAGAACUUGAUUCUUGUUUGUAUAUUUUUUUUGUAUAAUAAAAAUUUGUUUUAUAUUAUCGCAGAAAUAUAUUCAUAUUCUCCGAUAAUUUUUUUUUAAUAAUCUAUAUUAAUUCUUCUGAAUAAGUUUUACUUUUUGUGUUUGAAUUGCAAUAUUGUAUCGAUUGUAAUGUUUCUUAAUAAUUGUGUCUGCA